AUGCAAUGUAACAUUGGGGUACUACUUUUGGGUGCCAGAGUAGUGGGUCAACGUGCGUAUCGUCGUCUUUCCGGUGAAGAGAGGAAAAUCAGACUUGAGAAGCACAUACAAAAUUUCCGAGAGGUGUAUCCGGAUUUCCAACCUACCUCCAUAUAUGGAAGACGAAAUUUGUUGCGAGAAGAAUUGGAAAGGAAAGACAUGUUAGAGCGUCGUUUACGAAUAGAUAUUCCUGAAUUCUACGUUGGUUCCAUUGUUGCUGUUACUUAUUCGGAUAAAAAAUUAGUGGGAAUGAAGAACCGAUUUUUGGGCAUAUGCAUUAGCCGCAGAUUGGAGGGGCUGAAAUCACAGUUUACACUACGGAACGUCAUUGAAGGAAUAGGUGUAGAAGUUAUGUAUGAAAUGUACACACCAACAAUUACCAAAAUAGAAGUAAUCAAACUGGAAAAGCGCUUGGAUGAUGAUUUAAGUUAUUUGAUUGACGCUUAUCCUGAAUAUAGUACAUUCAAUAUUCACAUGGAACCUACGUCUCAUAUUGUUGGAAAACCAGUUCCCAUAAAUCCUUUAAAGGUUAAACUACGUCCACCACCAUGGACAAGGAGAUGGGAACUUUUUGAUUACAAAGGAAUAGAAGAUGUAUGGAGUGAACAAACUCCAUGGUAUAAAAAGAAAAUGAGGAGAACAAAGCUCACUGAUCUUCGCAAAUAUGAUCUCAUAGCCGAUUACCGUCAAAUAGCAACAGACAUUGAUGAAGAACUGGCAAUUGAACAAGAAAUGCUCGAUUUUGAAAUCAAAAAACAGCAAGCGGGUGCAACUAAGAGGAGAAUACUGCGAUCCGCUGAACAAUCCCAUAUCCAUGAUUAA